GUCUGGAGAGAGGGACGUCUGGGCGUCUCUGCUGAGUCUGCUGCCCCCGCGACCCGGUCCUGGAUAAGCGGAAGACGACGAACGAACGAUCUAUACAGUUCCAGAUUUAUUUUAAUAUUUUACAGUGACAGUAAUUUUUCACAACAAAGACAUAUUGAGAAAACGUACCCAAAUUUCUAAAAUUGCAUGGGUGCUCCCUGGUGGACAGACUAUGUAAUAGCGCCACUGUUUAGAAAUCUCCUCAAAGAUAUAAUUUGGCAAUUCUGUACUGUAACGUCUGUUUACUGCUCGAUAAGCAAGAUCAUAACUUAAUAUUGGUCAUAAGCUAAAACUGCCCGUCGCAUGGCUCUAGUUUCAACUUUGUCGAAAAGCUGUGAAUUUUGUUUUUGUUUUAGUCUUUAAGCUAUGUUGAGUUAUUUAUCAGAUUGCCUUAUGUUUCAUGUUAGGAAAGUUCAAACCCUCUCAUACACUGAGAUAUGAGAUAACUACUAAUGCUAUUAAACUGUAGAUAAUACAACAAAAUAUGUAUAGUUUCUUAUAUUUCAGUGUGAAUCCCAGGUGGAGAGUUCGAACCACGCAAUGCUCCAGUCUUUUUCUCUUUCAAACUUUAAUACGAACAAAACAGAAUAUGGCAAACAUCAAGUUGUCAAGAACACAGAAAGGAGUAUGAUCAACCAAAAGGAUUCUAUGUAAGUAUGCCAUAAACACAACAUUUUAUUGCUCCACUCUACUGCAGUAAAAAUCAACACAGGAAAAUGAGAAUUACUUGAAGGCUCAGGCGGCUACUAAAUGGUGAAGCAACGAAACACACAUUGGAGGCAAUAUGACUAAUAAUAACGAAGGUUACGGUGGAGCCAGACUAAAGCUGACAACUAGAUAAGAAAGAAGUAGGAACCUGUAAGCAACCUACUCUGCUGCAGUAGUUGAUCACUAAAGAAAAUGUUCUGCAAAAUUAACAGGAAAACAGAAAUCUUACAGGGCUACUGCUGAACACAUUCGCAUGGACCAGAUCCUUCAUUUACACUGUAAAAAUAUGUUUUGAAACACAAUUUAUUUUAGUAUAGAAUGAUUCUUUAUUUGUCCCUCCAUAAUACCAUAUAUCAACCAAUUAAUUUGUUUCAAAUAAUUUCAUGACCGAAUCAAAGGUACACACUUCCAUAAAGGAUAUUAACACUUAAUGUAAACACUAAGUUUACAUUAAGUAAACUUAGUGUUUACUUAAUGUAACUUAUCAUAUCUUUUUUCUCGUAAUUAGAGCGAACCCUGUGCCGUGGUGUCAAAAAUUUUAUCAAGUAUUUUUCUUAGUUAUUAGUUGUAUCUGUAUGUUGUUUCUUCUACAAUGUUAAAGCCCCUUAAAAUAACAUGUCACUAAAUAGGCUAAUUAAAGCAUCAGUUAGGACAUUUAAAAAAAAAUAAAAUACUCAAUAAUAAACAACCUCAUAAUAAAGAGCAUUUCUUGAUUAUUUGUAUGACACAAAAGACUGGAAAACAUUUACUGAUAGAAUAAUAAUAAUAAUAAUAAUGGAGGACACCCCAUUGGACUAAAGUAGAUGUUCAAUAAGGAUAACGACAAACUUUUUAAAACGAAACAUUUAUUAUUUUGAGCAAAGAAUGCUAUAAGUUAGGUCAGUAAAGCAGAAUGCCCAUAUCUUUUAAAUGUAAUUUGUACGGUUUAGUAAAUGCUGUGCUACAAACACUUGUAGCAGUGGUAGUGCAGCAGAGGCUCAUUAUUAGAAAUGCACAAAUCAACCGGCCAGAGAUCAGAAUCUGUUUUUCCUUACCUACAGUUGAUCUAAUCAAUGACUGGCAGGUCACAAAGAGAAAGAUCUGAUUUUUUUUACUAGUUAGUAAAACAUCAAAACUAAGGCCUCUCAGCAUCAACCGACAUGUUCUUUGAUACACUAUUCUGAAUUUAAUAAAAAACACAUUCAGGUGAGGACAUACUUUAUAAUUGCCAGGUCAGACCUCUAAGGAAAAAAGCCAGGAGAAACCUUAUGGCUACAUCUCUAUUUUAUAAUAUACACACACACAUAUCAAAACGAAAUUACAAAAAUACUGAUCAUUUUUUUUCUAUUUUAAUUAAUCUUUUAGCCUAGAUUGAACAAAGAUGAUCCCUUUGAAUACUUUUCUGACAUAAAAAAAAAUGGAAAAGGCAUUACAAAACUUUAUUGAUGUAUUUUAUUGUAGUAUUUUAUUGCAAGAUUCUGCUAGUGUUUUUCACGUAGCCAUCAGGCCAGUAAAUAUUCCUUUUACAAGUUGCAAUAUCUAAAAGUACUUUUGUUUUGUUUGUUUUAUUCUAUUUUUUUUAAAUACAGUUUUUGUUUUGUAUUUCUAAAAUAUUAUUUGCAAGUUAACUUUUCCAUCUCAGGCAAUAAGGCAUUACACCAUAAGGAACUUGGUAUAUAGUCUGACUGACAAUAACAUUUUAUCCAUGGUUUGGGGCUAUGUUAAACACGCAAAGUGAUCCUUGUUGGCAUUUUAUAGGUUCACAACAAAACAUGCUUACAAAGUAGUCAGUUUCCCUCAUUUUUUGCGGUCUGUGGUGUUCACUCACUGGCAUUAGCUAGUGGCUAACACUUGUCUCAUGCUGCACGAAGUUUAACUUUAGCUAAAUCAUAAGACGGAUGCUUAAAGACACACAGUAACAAUAAAAAAAAACACACCACUUAAAACCUUAUGCUUAUCUUUCCUAUUAUAUCGCUUUUUAAGAAAACACAGACGAAACUGUCAAAAAAUUUUUAACUUGAGCUGAAUAUGCUAGCUAGCUGACAUUGUAGCUUACAGCGCGAACGGUUAAAUGGUUGUACAACGGCUAAAAAUGCUUCAAUGUGCUGUCAAAUCCAAGGAAGGGUUAUUUAACACAGACAAUGUCUAUAUGUUAUAGAUUUUCAAUGAUUGCCAUAAAAAAUGGUUCAGAAAAGCCUUAUUAUUCUGUUGUAUGGGAUAUGAUAUCCAAUUUAAUUCCCCAUCAACCUUUUUCUUGGGGCUUUCUCCAGAUUCUAGAUGUUAAUAACAGCCAAUUGAAAAGGUUGUAAACAUUUUUUUAACACACAUCUAUUAAAAAACACAGUCAAAAGACAAAACUGGUAGAAUAUGCCCUAUAACAUUUUUAACUGUUUUAAUUUUACUGCUGUGUGAAACUGUUUCAUUGGGGUAAGCUCCCAGUGUUCCAGAAUCCUAACAAAGCACAUGAGUGCAACCAAAUGUCCAACUACUGUCGUAUAAUCGCAAACUAGUGGGCAUAAAUUAACAUCAGGGGUACUGAAUAUAUACGUAAGUGGCUUGCCGUACUGACAGACGUUCUCGCAGCGGAGCGCCGCAUGUCGCCUACUACUACUGGUCUGGGGUCAGUUUGGACUCAGGUCACACCAUGGACCACAUGUCCUCUCCGGUCCGAUUGCGCAGAAAUAAAACAGAAGCAACAGCUUUUGCAGAAAAGCAGUUGUCCAGUCUUUCCAUCGAAGACCAGGCAGACUUACAGUUUCCCUACGCCAUGAGGGAUCUACCUCCCGUCAUUCAUUCAACGGAAAAGUCACAGAAACAAGACCACCAUGAGAUGGAAGAAGCUCUGACAGCUGCCAACGGGAGGCUGCCAGGCUAUCCUGGAACUCCUCCUUCAUCUUGUCCUGUUUCCUGCCCCCCUGCCAGUUCUCCGACAGUCCCACCCAGGCCAAAUCACACAGGAAGGGACUCCUCACAGAUUCUGCCUUUGAAGAGGCAGCUUGUCUCUCAGGUAUCUCUGGACUCUCCCCUGAGCCCGGCCUUGCGACCGCGCAGUCCUUGGGGGCCGCUUGACCCCUACGACUCUCCAGAGGAUCAGGACAAAGAGUAUGUGGGUUUUGCUACGUUGCCCAACCAGGUUCACAGAAAGACAGUGAAGAAAGGAUUCACAUUUACACUCAUGGUGGCAGGAGAAACUGGACUCGGCAAAUCCACACUAAUAAACAGUCUGUUCCUCACGGACCUCUACAAAGACAGAAAAGUUCUCAACGCUGAGGAACGGAUCAGCCAAACAGUCGACAUCAUCAAGCACACCGUUGGGAUCGAGGAGAAAGGAGUCAAACUGAGGCUGUCCAUCAUAGACACGCCGGGGUUCGGUGAUGCUGUCAACAACACAGCAAGCUGGAAGCACGUGGAGGACUACAUCGACCAGCAGUUUGAGCAGUAUUUCAGAGAUGAGAGCGGGCUGAACCGAAAGAACAUCCAAGACAACAGAGUCCACUGCCUCCUCUACUUCAUCUCUCCAUUUGGGCACGGUCCCAGACCUAUCGACGUGGAGUGCAUGAAGGCUUUGCAUGAAAAAGUCAACAUAAUUCCUCUACUGGCCAAAGCCGAUAGCCUGACACAAGCAGAAGUCUGCAGCAAGAAAUUGAAGAUCAGGGAAGAGAUCAAGCAGUUUGGGAUUAACAUCUACCAGUUUCCAGAGUGUGACUCAGAUGAGGACGAAGACUUCCAGAAACAGGAGCAGAUCCUCAAGGACAGCAUACCAUUUGCUGUAAUCGGGAGCAACAUACAGGUGGAGAGCAAAGGCAGAAAGUUCAGAGGUCGCUCCUAUCCGUGGGGUGUGGUAGAAGUUGAGAACCCGAUCCACUCAGACUUCCUGCUGCUGAGGAACAUGCUGGUGAGGACGCAUAUGCAGGAUCUGAAGGACGUGACGCGGGAGAAUCACUACGAAAACUACAGGGCACAGUGCAUCCAGAGCAUGACCCGCAUGAUGGUGCAGGAGAGGAAACGCAGUUUACGCGAAAAGUAUCGAGAAGGGAGCGAGGUGGACUUUCCUCUGCCGCUCGCAGCAGUUGACACAGACAUGGAGAGACAGAUUUUUGAGAAAGAUGAAGAACUGAGAAAGAUGCAGGAGGUGCUGGAGAGGAUUCAGGAGCAGAUGCAGCAGAGCCAGAGAGGAGCUGCUGAUUCUCCCAGACAAAUAUGGAUCACAGAGGAACAAAUAGAGAGUAAAUCUUCUGCAAACUGACUGUUUCAACAAGUGGAAGUGAGAACUUUCCAAAGAUGGAUCAAACAUUUAAGUAGAUCUAUGCAGGGAGGUGUGCAUGAAAUGCACAACAACUGUAUGUCAGCUCAAGCUUUGGCUUAUGUUCAUGUCAAGAGAGCUGAUUGCCUGAUCCGGUUCCUUUUAUAAACCCUGUCAUGUUUUUUGUGUGCUCUCUGGACAUAAAAUGAUGCCCAGACUCUUUUUUUUGUGCAAAACUGAUGCAGCGUGAUACAAUGACCCAGAGGUGAACUGAUUCAGAGAUUUAGAGGGCUGCACUACACAGCAAAUUCAAGCAAGCAAGGUCAUUGACAAAACCUAAAACUCCACUGAGAGAUAACAGGCAGAACAAUAGUAGUUAUGAUUCUCCCUGGUUUUACUCUUGAGGAUCUUCACAUUCACAUACAUAUUCUUCAACCAAACAAAAUGCACAGAUCGCUUCGGCACUUCAUUCACCCCAGGGUGCAUAUAUGAAAAUCUUUUAAUUUAAAAAUAUUAAGAUAGUUACAGGGAAAAGUGGCUACAGUUAAGAGAGAAUGGGUGCAGGAAAGCUAUUAUUAUAUUUUCCCAGGAUAGAAUAAAUCUAGUCAAAUUAAAGCAUAGAUCCUUUUAAAAUCUGCAGUGAGACUAAGCUUCUGCUAGAACAGAUGCAUGGUUAUUCUAAAGAUCUUUAUACAUCUUUAUCAGGGGUGCCACUAAAUAUGGAGGACGCUGUGUAUGAGGAUCUUCAACAUGGACUUCCUUCUAAGAAUCAACUUUUUAAAUAAGCUUUUAAUAUUACUUUCUGACAACAUAUAAAUGUUCUAAACUGGUUUUACUCCAGAGGUGUUUGUGAGUUCAAGAUUUGUUACCAUGGUGAUCACAUGGAGUCACAUUUGUGAUUUGUGAUGAGCUGGCUUUAGAUUAAACAUAGCCAGCUAAGCAGCUGAUUUGUUUUGUAGUACAGCCCUGUCAUGUUGGUUUCUUCUUCUGCUGCUGUUGUUGUAAACUAGACUCUACCUUUGUAAUGUUACCUCGUCUCUUGACUUCUCCCACCAAGUGGUCAGUGUGUUAGUGGUGGAUUUUUAACAUGUAAACUCCAUUUUUAUUAUAUCAGUGAAACUGUCUUUUUCUAUGUUAAUGUUUGUUGUUUUGUAAGGACAGAAAGACAAUAAAAUAAGAAACUUCC